AUGGCAUCACUGAACCCGCCCCAGGCAGCACCUAAAUGGACACACACGCCGGAGGAGGUCCUCAAACUCACCAAGGACGCGAUCGCGGAGUUCCGUGCGCUCGAGGACAGCGUCGCGGCGCUCAAGCCCGAGGAGUGCAACUUUGAUUCGGUAUUCUUGGUUCUCGCGCACGGAGAGAACAAGUUUGAUGCAGUAGCCGAGCCGCUCUCGUUCUACCAGAACGUCUCUACGUCGAAGGAGCUUCGCGAUGCCUCCAAUGAGGCGGAGGUCAUCGUCCGCGACUUCGGCGUCGAGUCGUCUAUGCGGAUUGAUGUCUUCCGUGCCAAGCAAGCCGCUGAGAAGAACAUCAAAGCCUCGGGUAAGAAGCUAUCGACCGAGGAACAGCGUCUGGUGGAUAAGAUGAUCUUGGACGGCACCCGCGCGGGCCUUGCGCUACCCGAUGCCGAGCGGGAGAAGUUGACCACGCUCAAGAAGGAGCUGUCUCAGACUUGCCUUGAGUUUAGCAAAAACUUCAAUGAGGAGAAUGGCGUCGUCUCAUUCACUGCAGAGGAGCUUAAGGGUGUUCCCGCGGACGUCAUUUCCGGUUACGCUAAGCGCACGGAAGGCGACAAGGAGCUCUACGACAUCACCUUCAAGACACCCGACAUCUUCCCUCUCUUCAAAUUCGCAGAGAACCCAGACACCCGCCGUAAGGCUUACGAAGGUUUCGAGAACCGACUAGCGAUCAACGUGCCCAACAUGAGCAAGUUCCUCGACCUCCGUCGUCAGAUCGCGAAGCUCUUGGGAUACCCCACAUGGGCUGACUAUGUCACGGAAGUCAAGAUGGUUAAGAACGCGAAGAGCGUCAAGGAGUUCCUCACCGAGCUGGAGCAGAAGCUGCGCCCAGUCGGUCUGAAGGACCGUGAGACGCUCCUGGCGAUCAAGAAGCGGGAGCACGAUGAGAAGGGCUUGCCGUUCGACGGCGAAUUCUACCUCUGGGACUACCGGUAUUACGACCGCAAGUUCAUCGAGGAGAGUCUGGGCCUUGACGAUCAGCUCGUGAAGGAGUACUUCCCUGUCGCAGUCGUGGUACCCGCCAUCCUGGAGAUCUACCAGAACCUGCUCGGUGUCAAGUUUGUAGAGACAAAGGGCGAGACAUGGCACCCAGAGGUGCAGCAAUUCGCUGUCUGGGAGAAGGACGCCAAAGACGAGUCCGGCUUUGUCGGCUUCUGCUACCUCGACCUCUUCCCGCGCGCCUCGAAGUACUCGCACGCCGCCGUGUGGCCACUCCUGCCAGGGUACGACAAGGCGGACGGCUCGCGCAACUACCCGCUUACGGCGAUGGUCGCGAACCUCGCGAAGCCGACGCCGCAGAAGCCCGCGCUGAUGCGCCACGACGACGUCGUGACGUUCUUCCACGAGAUGGGGCAUGUCUUCCACGGCCUUCUGAGUAAGACGAAAUUCGCCCGGUUCCACGGCACGAGCGUCGCGCGCGACUUCGUCGAGGCGCCGUCGCAGAUGCUGGAGAACUGGUGCUUCGAGCCCAAGGUUCUGGAACGCAUGUCGAGCCAUUACGAGACGAAGAAGCCCCUUGACGCGGAGCUCAUUGAGAAGAUCAUCAAGAGCCGCUACGUGAACGUCGGCUUGUUCUACCUACGCCAACUGUUCUUCGCGAACUUCGACCUCAAGGUGCACACCGACCAAGAGGCCGAUGACUACACUAAGCUCUGGAACGAAAUGCGGGAAAACAUCUCUUUGGUCAAGGGCGGCAACCUCGGCGCAGGCCAGGGCAGCUUUAACCACAUCGCCGGCGGGUAUGACGCUGGCUACUACGGGUACACGUACUCCCUGGUCUUCGCUGCGGACAUGUACGCGACGGUGUUCAAGAAGGACCCGCUCGACCCCACGCGCGGCCAGCGGUACCGCGAGAAGAUCCUCCUCCCGGGAGGCAGCCGCGACGAGAUCGACUCGCUCAAGGACUUCCUCGGCCGGGAGCCCAACUCCGAAGCGUUCAUUCAGGAGCUGUUCGGCCAGUCGACAUCUAGCCUGUGA